AUGAUGAAGGCCUAUAUGUUUGUAGGUGUGCUGGUCAUGAUGGGCUUCACAGUGGGAAAGGCUCUUGUUGCUGAAGUCCGGACCUGCCACCUCUGCUUCUUAGAAGAUCCUACUAUAGGAUGCGUUUUAGGCUCAGAGAAGUGCACGAUCAGCAGCUCAUCCCCAUGCAUGGGGAUCAGCAUCUUUCAUAAUACCAAGGUUCGCUUCUUAAUCCGGGGCUGUGGACAGCACAAGUCUUACCGGUGCCAAGAAAAACACCCCACCUACCUCCCAGAGUACUGGUACUACUCCCAGUGCUGCCAGUAUGAUUACUGCAACUCCUGGUACAGCCCCCAGCUCCAGAGCUCCCUCCCUGAGGCCCCUGAGGGGUCCCUGGCCCUGCCCCUGUCUGAGUCCCAGAUCCAGUGGUUCUGCCAAGCCCUGAACCUCUCACUGCCCCUACCCAGCUUCCAUGCUGAGAAGGAGCCUUCUGAAGGCCUGGACCCCCUGGCUGUCCUGCCCCUGAAUCUGAGUUUGUCCAUUGCUGACCUGCGCCGCAUAUACUGGUUCCUCAACAAUUCAGGACUUUUGGUUCUUCCCUGGGCUAGGCUGUGA